AGAAAGAAGCAGAGCGGUCUCAGGGAAAAAGCCGUCACUUGAUGACGGCGAAGUUUGUGUGAAUUUUGAGCUUUUCAGGGAUUUGGGUGACGUUGAUCUUUCCCAGAUCUAGGGCGCAUUACCCGCCUCCUCUGAAGAAGUCUUCGUUGUCAUGGCUCUUAACGGGUUUAUGGAGUUUUUCCAGAAGGGGCAGACAUUCCGCCCCAAAAAGAAAUUUUCUCCAGGAACACUACGCCAUUCGUUGCACAAGCAAGCUCAAGCCUCUCUCAGUUCAGGAAUUAAUUUACGAGCUGUUGUCAAAUUACCACCAGGUGAAGAAUUGAAUGAUUGGAUUGCUGUCCAUGUUGUUGACUUCUUCAACCGGAUUAACUUGAUAUAUGGGACAGUUGCUGAGUAUUGUACUGAAACAUCAUGUCCAGCGAUGUCAGGUGGUCCCAAGUUUGAAUACCUGUGGGCUGAUGGAAACAAAUACAAGAAACCGACCCCCUUGCCAGCCCCUCAAUAUGUGUCAUUAUUGAUGGAUUGGAUAGAGGCUCAAAUAAAUAAUGAAACACUUUUUCCUGUGUCCACUGAUGUUCCUUUCCCCAAAACUUUUCAAGCUCUUUGUAGAAAAAUUCUGACUAGACUGUUCAGGGUGUUUGUGCAUGUGUACAUCCACCACUUUGACAGGAUAGUAGAAAUUGGCGCUGAGCCCCAUGUGAAUACCUGCUACAAACAUUUUUACUACUUUGUCCGUGAAUUUGAUCUAGUGGGUACAAGGGAACUUGAACCUUUAGUAGAAAUGACGUCACGGAUUUGCAGGGACCCUUCUCCUGCACCAGAGAAUCCUCAUUCUGCACCCUCACAGUAAAAAAAAAUGGGUUUGUUUUGUAAUGUAUGUCUUGUGGCCAGGAUUUCUCUUCAUCCUUCCAACAUAAAAUAUACAUUUAGACAUAGAUCUGAAAUUGGAUGAUUUAUUCAUCUCUGUGUGAAGUAGAUAAUACCAAGACUCUUUAUUUUAUGCUUCUAAUCUAGUUGGUUUCGCUAAUUGUGUUCAUCAUUUUUUUGAAAAAAAUACUCUGCAGCCUGCAUUAUUGAACAAAACAAAGUCAUUCAAAUGUCUGAAUUUAAAUGUCUGUUAAAGAGAAUUUGAGUGGUAUUUCUUUAAAUGUGCUCUCUGCUUUUAUUGGUUCUUGACUCUUAUGUACCUUUGUAGUAUUGGCUUUUGUGUAAACUGUACUCAAAUGAAAUGUAUUUAAUAUAUGGGGCAUUGUUAAUUCAUCUGCAUGGGGGGAAAAUCAUUUUUCUUGUAUGUAUUUGGGGUCUGAAUUUUUAAAAUCAAAUCAUUGUUACUGGGGAACUAUCUAGUGUAUUGCUUCGGUUUUAAAAAAGUUUUGGCUUGUUUGGUUUUGAUAAGUUAUGGUUUAAAAUUUGAGAAACCCAGUUCUGAUGUUCCUUCAAAAGCAUGUACAUGUACAUGUUGGGUUCUCUGAAGUUUUAAGAAUUAUGUUCAACCUGUGGUUGCUUUGGCUCUUUCUAACAAAAAUGAAGUGUUCAUUUUUACCUUAUGUUUGUGUAAUGAGAAUGUCAACAGAUGCCAAAGUUGAACUGGCUAUGUGCCAAGUUACCAUAUUUUGUUUUCUUUUUUGUAUUAUAGUUUAUACUUGCUUAGCAUUCUUUCAGUCUGCUCCAAGUUUUAUUUUGUGUAUGGCUUAUUCAUGGAUACUAGCACAGAUAUAGUGUUAUUCUGUGUUUGUUAUAAUUUUUCUCUGCUAGGUUGUGUAAAAGAUCUUGCAGCAUCUAGUGUAUUUUUAAUUUUUCUUUGUGUAAUAUCCAGCUCUGUACAAAAAUGUUUAGUGAACUUCAAGCACAUCGAUUUUACUGCAUGGUUAGCUGAGCAAUGGAAGAUUGGCAAGAUUGUGGAAAUCACUCUGUAUAUUUUGUUUGUGUUUCAAUCAUGUUUGGGAAGUCAACAUUUGUCUGUGAUGUAAGAGAUGAUCUAAGAAAUGUCAAUCUGUUUUGUGUUUUAGUCAGUGUUUUUGAGAGGUGUCCUCUACUUUCGUCAUUCCAGUUGACUCAACAACAACACAAUGUUAUUGCUCAGUUAAGCCCCUUAAGAGGAUUGCGUUGUUUUCAAGAAUGGAAAAGUACAGAAAAUUAAGUUUUUAUUCAGUUGUUCCUUUUAACUUGUUGCUUUAGUUUGUUUCCUGCAAUGUUCUUUCCUUUUUUUGUUUUGUUUGAACUGAUGCAGGAUAAGAAUGUUUUAAAUGUCUGUGUUGAGAUUUAUUUGUUAGUGGCUGUUUGUUUUCCUUAAACCUUCCACAUUAAUGAUUCAUUUUUAUUUUAGAGUUAAAAUUUGUCAAAUGAAGUGCUAAUGUUUUUAUAAAAAUCAAGUUUUGGAAUGUUUUUGAUUGAUUACCCAGUGAGUAUUUAACUUUUUGUUGCCAUAAAUUUUAAUAAUUAAGGAACUCUGAUGCCAUUCGCAAACAGCCUCCAUUUCUUGUAUUAAAAAAUGUUGCAACUUUCAUACUAAGAACAACUCAAGUGUAAUUACUUUUCUUCCUUGCACCGGGGAGAAAACAAUGAGCACGUUUCUGGAUCUUGCUUUAAAUGUCAAUUUCAAUCUUUUGCUGCAACCAUUUCUCUGGGAUCCCGGUGUCCUAAUAGUAAUAUUUUCACACAGUGUUGUGGUAUUAUUAUGAAUUAAAAGCUUCGUCUGGUUUUUGA